AUGGUCUACCACAUCCUCGUCGCGUCGUACGCAAACGAGGUCUCGACGCUCGCGUUCGACCCCGACGCGCCCACGCCCUCUCUUUCCCUUACCUCCACCAUCUCGGUCGGCCAUCACCCGUCCUGGAUCACCCCACACCCGACCGACAAGAGCAUCGUCUUCACCGCGCUCGAGCAAGACGAUGGGAGGCUCAUAGUGUUCAAGGUGGGCGAUGAGGGGCGGCUUACCCAUGUAUGCGAGAGAUCCACCGGCGGGAAGGAUCCGUGCUCUCUGGUUACACUCAGCGAGCCUGAUGAGAUACUCGUUGCCAAUUAUUCUUCUGGUGCCUUCACUGCAGUCCCCAUCACAUCCUCUCCGUCCUACAUCUCCACAACUUCCCCGGCACCUACGAUCACCUUCUCUGGCACUGGUCCCAACACCGACCGCCAGGAAGCGUCGCACCUUCACCAAGUCGCACCCCACCCUAGCUACCCGGAGCUCCUCGUCCCCGACCUCGGCGCGGACAAGGUGCGCCGACUGGUGCGCAAGGACGGGCAGUGGGAGGAGAAGGGCACCGUCGACUUCAAGCCUGGCUCGGGCCCUAGACACGUCGCAUUCCACGGCGACGUGAUGUACACCGUCCUCGAGCUCUCCUCCGAGCUCGCUGCGCACCGCCUGCCGCCGCUCCCCGCGCCCGCGACGCUCCUCGACACCGUGCCGACGAUGGCCGCGCCCCCGCCGCCGGAGCACGCCGCGGCGAUGCUCGCCGCCGAGGUCCUCGCCCCGCCGCCGUCCGCCGCGUUCCCGCGCGCGCUCGUGUACGUCUCGAACCGGAACGACCCGUCGCCGCUCGGGGACACGAUCGCGGUCUUCGGCGCGGUUGACGCGGGGGGCAAGAUCGCGCUCGUGCGCGAGGUGCGCUCGGGGCUCAAGCACCUGCGCGGGAUGGUCUUCGGGGGCGCGGACGACCGCUGGCUCGUCGCGGGCGGGGCGCAGGGCGGGGGCGUGAAGGUGUUCGAGCGCGUCGAGGGCGGGGCGGGGUUGAAGGAGGUUGCGAGCGUCGAGCUCGAGGCACCGACUGGGUUCCUGUGGCUGUAG